GAAAAACAGAAUACGGCAUCGUAUUUGAGGCUGAUGCGUUGGAUUCAAUGCCAGAGAAUUCAAGCACCUCUCAUUCUAUCUGUGGAAAUCAGAGUCCCUCCCGACGUAUUAUCUCUCCAAAAUCGUCUAAACCGAGAGACUCUCUCAACUCCUAAUUAGAGAGAGAGAGAGGAAGAUUUUUUAAUUCUUUGAUUUUCUAAUUUGAUUGCAUUUGUUUUAGUUAAUUACGGAAAUAUAGUUCGAGAAAAUCAUGUCGCCGCUUGAUUUCGUAGCGGCGAUCUUAAAUGGCGAUACUCAGGGUGUGGCCGCGAUGGUGCUCACUACUUCCGUCGCCGUGCUCAUAGGCUGCAUCGUGGUGCUGGCCUGGCGCCGCACCGCCGGGAAGAAGCCGCCGCCGCCGCCUAAGCUGGUCGUGCCCAAGGCCGCGGCGGAGCCGGAGGAAGCAGACGACGGCAAGACCAAAGUUUCCGUCUUCUUCGGCACACAGACUGGCACGGCUGAAGGUUUUGCAAAGGCAUUUGCGGAGGAAGCCAAAGCUAGAUAUCCACAGGCAAAGUUUAAAGUUAUUGACUUGGAUGAUUACGCUGCCGAUGACGACGAGUACGAGGAUAAGUUGAAGAAGGAGAGUUUAGCAUUCUUCUUCCUCGCUUCAUACGGAGAUGGUGAGCCUACUGACAAUGCCGCGAGGUUUUACAAAUGGUUUACUGAGUUAAAAGAUAGGGAGGACUGGCUUAAGAAUCUUCAGUAUGGAGUGUUUGGUCUUGGGAAUAGACAAUACGAACAUUUCAACAAGAUUGCAAUAGUGGUAGAUGACCUUAUCACCGAGCAAGGAGGAAAGAAGCUUGUCCCAGUAGGCCUUGGAGAUGAUGAUCAAUGCAUAGAAGAUGACUUUACUGCAUGGCGUGAAUUAGUGUGGCCUGAGUUGGAUAAACUGCUCCGCAAUGAGGAUGAUGCAACGGUUUCCACUCCAUACACCGCUGUGGUUUUGCAGUAUCGUGUUGUGCUCCAUGACCAACCAGAUGAAUCAAUUACGGACAAUGGCUCACCAAAUGGUUAUGCAAAUGGUAACACUGUUUAUGAUGCUCAACAUCCCUGCAGGGCAAAUGUUGCUGUAAAGAAAGAGCUCCAUACUCCCUUAUCAGAUCGUUCUUGCACUCAUUUGGAGUUUGACAUAUCAGGCACAGGACUUGUUUAUGAAACAGGGGACCAUGUUGGUGUCUACUGUGAGAAUUUGCUUGAGAAUGUCGAGGAAGCAGAAAAAUUACUAAACCUGUCUCCACAAACAUAUUUUUCAGUUCAUACCGAUAACGAGGAUGGCACUCCACUCAGUGGAAGCUCCUUGCCACCUCCAUUCCGCCCUUGCACUUUGCGAACAGCGCUAACCAAAUAUGCAGAUCUUAUGAGCAUGCCCAAAAAGUCUGUGCUGAUUGCAUUAGCAGAAUAUGCUUCCGACCAAAGUGAAGCUGAUCGGCUCCGGUAUCUUGCAUCUCCCGAUGGAAAGGAGGAAUAUGCACAGUAUGUAGUUGCAAGUCAGAGAAGCCUACUUGAGGUCAUGUCCGAAUUCCAGUCCGCCAAGCCUCCUCUAGGUGUUUUCUUUGCAGCAGUUGCUCCUCGCCUGCAGCCCAGAUUUUAUUCGAUCUCAUCCUCCCCGAAAAUUGCACCAACCAGAGUUCAUGUGACUUGUGCUCUGGUUUACGACAAAACACCAACAGGACGAAUCCACAAGGGUAUAUGCUCUACAUGGAUUAAGAAUGCUGUGCCUUUGGAGGAAAGCAGUGAUUGCAGUUGGGCACCAAUCUUUAUUCGAACCUCUAACUUCAAACCCCCUGCUGAUCCUAAGCUACCGAUAAUAAUGGUCGGCCCCGGUACCGGCUUGGCUCCAUUUAGGGGUUUCCUUCAGGAAAGGUUAGCUCUGAAGGAAUCUGGAGCUGAGCUUGGUCCUGCAAUUUUAUAUUUUGGUUGUAGGAACCGUAAACUGGAUUUUAUUUAUGAAGAUGAGCUGAACAGCUUUGUCAAAGCUGGAGUGAUUUCUGAGCUCAUAGUUGCAUUUUCACGAGAGGGACCCACCAAGGAAUACGUACAGCACAAAAUGUCUCAAAGGGCUUCAGACGUGUGGAAAAUGAUCUCCGAUGAAGGCUAUGUAUACGUCUGUGGUGAUGCCAAGGGAAUGGCACGUGAUGUACACCGAACUCUCCACACAAUUGCACAAGAACAGGGUUCUCUGAGCAGCUCUGAAGCUGAGGGCAUGGUUAAAAAUCUGCAAACGACAGGAAGGUACUUGCGCGAUGUCUGGUGAUGAGCCCCUCGUCGCGAAUGUGUUGACUCGGGUAGGGAAAAAGGUCUUCAUUACAGAAUUGCUAAUUUCUCAAGUAUAAAGGGAGGUAAUCUGCACAGACAAAUCCUUGCCUUCAGAAGAUUGUUUCUACAAAUUUUGUUUUCGUAUGUUCUUUUGUUUCUAUUUUUGCCUCUUUAACGAUUUUUGUUUUGUUUCGUAUAACUAGUAGCUAUAGAGUACAGCUGUAUGAUAUGCGAUUAAUGUCGACUCGAUGUUAGAUAUAGUAACUCUUGGUGAGCCACCAAGAUGGCUGAGGCCAAGGUUUUCUUUUUAAUCUUCAUUCAUGUAUUAUUGUCAUUUAUUUUUGGGUUAAAAUGUUAUCUUCAUUUUUCUUUUC